AUAACUUACCUUGUCAGACUAGUCAGCCAGUUGAACUCUAACCAAAACAAACUUAGAGGAGAAAAUAUAUGGCUUGACUUAGACGUCUGCAGACAUUUUUCAAAUGCCGAAGCGAUUAAGGAAGAGGUGUGAGGAGAACUAAUUUAUUAGGUGGCUCGCAGAGUAACUGGGCUCGUAGUGGUAGCUUAAGCUAGACAUCAGCUAGAAUGCUUACGUUACCGUAGCUAACCGAAGCCGUUAGCUAACGGUUACGUUAUGCUAGACGACCCCUCAGCCGUUGGGAGUAAUUUAGAAGCUGCUGCUUCUGUUGCCUUAACUGUCAUACCAGCAAUUUGAAAUCGGCUAGUUAGGUAGUUAGCUAGUUGCCGAGAUACUGAUAACUUAUUUUCCACGUUGCUUUUUUUGCCUCGACUAUAAAAUCAAGAAUGGGGAUGUGCCUACCUUGCCUUGGUGGAGCAGCGGACGACGUAGUUGUCACUCCAGAUCCAGAGAUAAGAAGACGACAAUUAGCUGAGGCCGCUGAGAAGAGACAAAAAGAGACAACAUACAGGGGUGUUAAAAAUCCAGAAGCGGUCGAGAGGAAAAGGAAAAAACAGGAAGACAUUGAGAAACAGGCGAUGACCACUUCAGUGUCCAGUGGUGGUGGGUUGAAGUGGCAGGUGGGCUGAAAACAUAGAUGGUAAAACCUGAAGUCUUGACUCCGAAGUCCAAAACAACAUGAAGUAUCGCUGCAAGAUGACUUGAAAGAUGUUUGAACUGAUGUCCUUUAAAAAAAAAAUAAUAAUAAUAAUUUUUGCCUUUUUAUGACGUAAUGCGCAAAAGGCCACAGUUAUCAUGCUUCAUGCAGAACAAUCUGAAGUGAACACAGACAGAACAUCAGGACUUGCCCCCCUGUUAUAAGUUCUACAGGAAGAUUUGGACCUUUGGACAAGUCAGAGAUGACACUGAAAUUUGCAAGCAAAUACAGAUCCUACUGUAAUAGUUAUUUGACUGUAUUUGACAAUUGAUGACAUUCUUACAGUGACUAACAUUAGAUAAAAAAAAAAAAAAGAAUCCAGCAGUAUCUCUGCGGAAGCUGUACUCAACACUAUCCUUUUUUUGGUUUUCCUGGCAGAGGAUAUUCACUGUAAAUCCACAUUUCCCACAUCACUUUUUGUAUGACUUCUCCAAAAAUCCAUUAUGCACAUUUCACAAGUCAAACACAGUUUAUGUUUACAGAAACUGAAGUGUGCUUAUUGUAGAAUUAAUAUACAGUAAUAGGCACCCAGUUAACACCCGUUUUGCCUCUUUUAGAGCUCUGCUUGUUGGCAACACAAAGACAAGUGCAAACACCUCUAUAGGGACUUCGUUUGUCCCUGGUAUAUUUUCGUUACCAGUGUGUCACAUAUUUGGUGAUUCAAUCAGGAAGCACAAACUACACACUUGACACAAUGUGCAGCAGAUACAUGAUUUUGCUGAAUAAUGUAAAACAACACUAAAGCAUUCUCCAACCAGUAAAAAUGAAAAGGAGGUGCACUUGGAUACGCCCUUAAGUGACCUCGUUUACAUGGCCUAUAGUUCUUUGCAUUGGUCUUUGCCAUUGCCCCUUUAAUAGAGCCUUUUCUCUGUGCAAUUUGAGUUUGUUGCAUUAAAUUAUACUGUAUGCAAAACACUGAUGUGAUGCCUGCUUAAUUUUAGAUAUUACAGAAAUAUGAAAUGUGUUGCAAAUUGCCAUUUGACAAAAAAGCUUUUGUUAAAUAUUUUUUGCUGUCUAUUUGCACACAGUUUAUACACUGGUAAACAGCAAAUAUGCUUGCUCACACACAAUGUUGGGAGAGAUUCAUGCCAACUAUAAUGGAAAUGGGAAUAAAUGAAGGAAAAGAAUAAGUGAAGUGUGUACGAUAUCUAUUUUAUUUACUUUGAUUUGAGUGCAUUUCUUACAGCCUUCACUCGAUCCUUAAAUGCUUCUGGUGCUCUCGACAUUUUGUAGAACAGGAAAUCCAAUGUUAUUUGCUACAAUAAAUCACAUUUCUGCUA